AUGCAAGAAUCCGCCAACACAAAGAGUCCUUUAACGCCAAAGACCAGGCCCUUACAAUGUGACGAAAUCGAAAUCGAAAAAGACACUCACGAAAUGUCGACCUAUAAUUACUAUACUCAACUCAGUUUUCUACCCACCGAUUCAAAAGAUGAAGAGAGUACUCAUCGCGAUAAUAUGAAGGAGGAAAUGAAACUCGAAAAGGAGCGAUAUCCCGGCGCAAAAAGCUGGGCUCCUGCCGAAGAGCACCUUUUUGAGAUACUAUUUAUGCGACAGGAUUUACCCAUGCUUCCUACGACAUGGGAUAUAGAUCUUCGCGGAAUCCCUAUUUCAGACGUCGUUUUCCAGACUUCUGAGGACUAUCCGCCUAUCAUUUAUGCUCAUCUCAAGAACUUUGCGGCAACGCAAGCUCUUACUAGGCUCGUGGAUCUCACAUCGAAAAUCAGAACGACUUGUCAAAGCGGACAUCGGAAUAGAGCACCACAACAUAUCAAACGAGAGGUCGACAGAUAUUUGAACUGGGCAGCGCAGGACGGCGGGUACAUGCAUCUGCGCAUCGUUCCAAACAUUACUACUGAAGUCAUCGACACUACAAUACCUGAAGAUGAAAUUACGGAGUGCAUUUCGAAGCGCAUGAGAGUACUCGCCAAGGUUCAGCGCGAGUUUCUUCGUACGGACAGAAAUCCUCAGUUCUGGGAUGUUGUCAAACCUCAUAUCUUCAAAUCACCCAAGAGCAAGACGGACCCAAAGAUCAAGAUCGAGAUAAAUGAUGUGUCACCUUCGUGCACUAGGUGUCUGACGCCUGCCGAAAGCCCAGGUGGUUUACGUUCCCAUAUCGAAAAAGUCUCUGCGAUGGCAGAAAGUCACAAGGUUGGCAUCAAAGUAGAGCCUGGGCUUAAGAGUCCCAACCUUUUUGCUACUGCACGAAUCCUUGAGACUACAAGUAUCUCAAAGGUCUCAUCGCCUCCGUAUUCCCUGUCAUCACCUCCAGCUGGCCGCCCCCAAACACCCCCUGAGUGUACCUACACCCGCCAUCCUCCUGUGGUAUACGGCCUGUUCAUCCUUAACACGUCAGUCCUUGUCCUAACGACGGACUCAUCCAAAGGACCCGACUCAUAUGUCAGCUUCCAUGUGCAGGUUGACUUCUUCGACGAACAUCAGGGUAUUUGGAACGCCCUGACCAUUGCUCUUGCAGCAUGCCUUGCUCGUGACGAACUACGGACUCGUAUCACUGAUUUUGAGGAGCUGCCUGUCGUGGAGGACAGUGACCCAGAUGCUUGA